AUGGAUAGCGAAGACGAAGACACCGUGGAAUAUACUGUUGAACGCAUCGAAGAUAAACGCAUAAAAAAUGGUAAAAUUGAAUAUUUUUUGAAAUAUACAGGUUAUUCCCGACUCGAAAAUACAUGGGAACCUCUUGAGAAUCUCAACUGUCCUAAACUAAUAGCGGCUUUCGAAAAAUCGUUAAAAAAUAAAAAAGGAACUAAGAAGCGCCGUUAUUGCGUUCCAGAUGAUGAGGCGAAAAUUAAAAGGAAAACGGUAAAGGAUGAAAGCAACAAAGGCAAAAUAGGAUUUGACCGCGGCUUAGAACCGUUGCAAAUUUUAGAUGUUACGAAAUCUUCAGGAGAAUUAAUGUUUCUCAUGAAGUGGAGUGGCAUCGAUGAGGCCGAGUUGGUGCCCGCAAAAAAGGCGAAUAUUAUUUGUCCUCAAAUUGUUAUCAAGUUUUACGAACAAUGCAUCAUAUGGUGUGCAUGCGACGAAGAAGAUGUUAUAGAGGAAAGCAACUCUGAAUAA